GUCAGAUGCAUGUAUAAGGGAUCCCUUUCCGUCCCGGCACAGAAGUUGUCGGCUUACCACUACUCCAGCAUCUCACAGCCCUCAGAUUUGUCGAGAAACAACGCCGAUUUGUUUUAUAUCAUGGAUUUCAAAGGACUUGCAAACGCGUUCCGAUCUAAACGCCUCGUCUACCGGGCUUUUGAAGAUAAUGAAGCCGACAAGCAUUUCUUAUUUGCUCAGAUCGAGAACGACCCCGUCAACACGACACUUGCCGAUCUGAGCAUGGUGCAGCCGCGAAACAAGAAGCAAACCGAUCUUUUGGCCAAAAGGAUAGCUGAGUCGACCCUAGGGGUCAUGAUCUGCAUCCCUCCGGGAGGUGACAGCAAGGAGGACGCUACACCUGUGCCCAUCGGCUUCCUGGCUUUAAGCUGCGGAGGCGCGGAACAAGUGCACAGUCGAUCGACCAGUCUUGGCAUCAUGCUGGCUACUCCUUACCAGGAUCAAGGUUAUGGCAAAGAAGCCAUCAACUGGGCGCUGGAUUGGGCGUUUCGAUAUGGAGGUUACCAUCGCGUCGGGCUCACUACUCUCUCUUACAACGAGCGUGCUCUGCACCUGUACAAGCAGCUGGGGUUUGUGGAAGAAGGUCGUAGUCGCGAGACGUACUGGCAUGAUCGGAAGUGGUAUGACCUAGUUGGCUUUGGGAUACUGGAGAACGAGUGGGCUGCCUUGAGAGGUCUAGAAGAAACUUGAGUGAACGAUGAUGGAUGAGUCUAGGACGGUGUAUUUGACCUUAUUUUGUGUCGGCAAAUAGAAGAUCUGGUUUUUUUUUGGGUUAUAGUUAUGCCAAGAGACGUACAAUUCAUCAGCCGAAACAAUAUACUACCGAGUUCGAGAAUGAUUGCACAAGUGUUCCGACACAUCAACGUCCUGGCCUGGGCUGAAUGAUCUUUG